CGAGGUAGGUAUAUGUUCCGAAGCUUUUGUGAUUAUUAAACGCACAAAACGCGUGCGUGUAUGUGUGUGCGAAUAUCUGCUCGAUGAAGUGUGUGGCAGCGGUGGUGGCGGCUCGGCAACAGUCGAAGAAACGCACGCGUUGAGCCAGGACCAAGAUAGUUUUAUAAUACCAUUAUAGUCUCGCGCACUCGCGAUGAUGCCAGCAUUACCUAUCCGAGCAUCGGCCAGCACUGCUACGGCGACAAUGUCAUCGGUCAAUAGAUCGGUUUUGCGCUGUUACUUUUAUCUCAAGUAAAUUGCGAUACAUAAAAAAAGGCGCUAUCCAAGUCCCAUCAUGUCUGAUGGCGUUGACGAAGAGUCACAAUCGCGGAGCAGCAACAACGACGACAAGCAGCAGCAGCAGCAGCAGCAGCAACAUCCUACUGCAGCCGCUGCUACUAGCCCGAGCACUCGCAACAGGCUCGAGCUGAAGCGCAGCUCGAGCAGUAUACUGCCGGUCUCGACGAUGGCGCUGAUGCGCAAAAGCCGCACUUCUUCGACCCUGUUGCUCGCCUCGGAGCGUCAGAACUCCGUGUCGGAGGGUGGCAGAGGCGACGAAGAACAGCACAACGAAGAAGACGAAGACGACGACAGCCACUGCAUGGAUUACGGCAAGCCGCCGCCGAUCGAGGAGCCGCACUGCUACUACACGUGCGAGAGCUCGGUCUCGGACGAGGGCCAGCAGUGCGCCGUGCAGAUCAGUCGCGACUAUCUCAAGACGCUCCUGGUCGAGCACGCUCGCGGCCUCGGCUGUCGACUGCAGCUGCUCGACGAUCUCGAGGCGGGCAAGUGCUCAGACCUCGAGCAGGCGGACAAGUUCCUGGACGGCUGCAAACCACCCCACGAGCUCGACGCCCUGCUGCUCUACGCCAGCUUCCUCGGACUGGGCGAGCUGCUGCCCCGCAUACACGCCCGAGGCGCCGAUCUCAAUCAUCAGGAGCCCGAGCUGGGCGUCACCGCCCUGCACCUGUGCGCCUUCAGCAACUGCUUAUCCGGCGUGCAGUACCUGCUCAAUCACGUUAUCAAUCUCAACGCCAAGAAGGCCCACACGCCCUUUCACUUUGCCGGCUUCGGCAACGCCGCCGACGUCGCGCGGCACUUUCAGCAGCUUUGCUGGAGCCAGGAGUCGCCGAUCCCCGGCGAGGAGACGGUGCUUCACUCGGCCGCGAGAAACGGUGCCCACGACGUCCUCGGAAUACUCGCCCCAAAAAAUGCCUGGAUCAAUCGUCUGGACAACUGCGGCUGGGCGCCCAUACACUACGUCGUCGAUCGCGCCGAUUCCGAGGGCCUCGAGAUCCUGCUGGCCGCGGGCGGCUGCCUGCUCGACGUGAGCACCCGCAAAGGCGAGACUCCGUUGCACCUGGCGGCCAAGUGCGGCUGUGCCGACACCCUCGGGCUGCUCCUGAAAAAAGGCGCCAACGCCUCGCUGCGCAAUCACCGGGGCGAGACUGCCCUGCAUCUGGCCUCGCGCACCCACUCGCUCGAGUGCGUCGAGGCGCUGCUCCAGCACUCCUCGGCCGAGAUCGACGCCGAGGACAGCGAGGGCAAGACGGCCCUCCACGUCACCAUGGGCCGCUCGCCCCUGACCUACGACGUCGCCGAGACCCUCAUCACGUGGAAGGCUCGGGUGAACAGAGCCGACAAGUACGGCUACACUCCGCUGCAUCUGGCCGCGAUCAACGAGCUCUCGGAGUGCGUCGACAUUCUGAUACAGCACGGCGCCGAUUUGAGCGCCAAGACAAAGGGCGGCACCACUGCCCUCAGCAUCAUCCUCAGGAAGACGCCUUCGUCGCUGAACUGGUUCAAGCAGAGGCUCGACGCCUCCAUCAGUCUGCACCAGCACGGCUCGGCGUCGGGCGAGGUCGAGUUGAGGCUGGACUUUCAUCCGCUGCUGCAGAGCCAGCAGCGCGGCGAGAUCGGCUACCUCGGCAUCUUCGUCAAGGAGGGCUACAAGGAGAUCCUCGAGCAUCCCCUCUGCCAGUCCUUUCUCUACUUAAAGUGGCAAAAGAUUCGCAAGUACUACGUGGGCAGGUUGCUGUUCUAUCUGCUGUACGUGCUGGUGCUGACCACCUGGGUGAUCACGGCCCUGGCGCACAACUGCUACAACGAGUCGCACGGCCAGUUGGACAACUCGAGCCGACCCCUCUGCGCCAACUCCACGGGCGUCAACGGCUUUCUGUACAAGCAUCCUCUGGUGCUGGAUUUCGAGUGGUGGAUACUGGUGUCUUUGACGGUGCUCGAGGCCCUGAGGAAGCUUUUGGGCAUACUGACCUACUCGAGCAUCAGGCAGUUCUUCACGCAGGCCGAGAACAUGGUCGAGUGGUGCGUCAUACUCAGUGUGUUCGCCACCUCGUUCGUCUUCGCCGGUCGCACCCACACCUGGCAGAGCCACGUCGGUGCCUUCGCCGUACUCUGCGGCUGGACCAAUCUCAUGCUGAUGAUCGGCCAGUUGCCCAUGUUCGGCGCCUACGUCGCCAUGUUCACCAGUGUCCAGGCGCAGGUGUUCAAGCUUCUGCUGGCCUACGCCUGUCUGCUCGUUGGUUUCACGGCGAGCUUCUGCGUGAUAUUUCCGCGCUCCAAGUCCUUCAGCAGUCCGCACACGGGCCUGAUCAAGGUGCUGGUCAUGAUGACCGGCGAGCUCGACUUCGAGGAUCUCUUCUUCCCCGAGGAGAUGGAGGGCGUGAGACCCGUGGACGUCGGUGGCACCUCCUGGAUACUGCUGCAGGUUUCGGCCCAGCUGUCCUUCGUCCUGUUUCUGCUGUUCGUCACCAUCGUUCUGAUGAAUCUGCUGGUCGGCAUAGCCGUGCACGACAUCAAGGGCCUGCAAAAGACCGCGGGCCUGGCCAAGCUCGUCCGGCAGACCAAGCUCAUCUGCGACCUCGAGACGGCGCUGCACGUCGGCAUGCCGCAGUGCCUGAGGAAGAUGCUGCACUGGACGGCCGUGGUGAUGCCCAAGCGGCCCAAGGCCGUACUCACGGUGCGCCCGCUGAAUCCGCGCGAGAAGCGACUGCCCCGCGACGUGCUCGCCAGUGCUUACAAAGUAGGACGCGAGCGCAAGACCAGCAGCCAACUGACCACCGGAGCCAAACAGAGCAAUAACACAGCCAACUCGAUCGUAGGCUACGGCUGGAAGUACGAUAUCAACUCGUCGAUGCGUCGAUACGGAGGAAGACAGCAGCAGCAGCACCUGGAACAGGAGUCAGCCGUCUUCGAGGUGGCGGCCAAACUCAAGGAAGAGGUCAUGGAGCUCAAGAAGAUGUGCGAGAGCAACAACAAGCUCAUACACGAGCUGCUUAGGUCUUUAUCCAGUACUAAAUGAUAUUCUCUUUGCGUUACCAUUUCUUCUUAUUUUUUAAUGAUAAAUCUAAGGCUUGUGUUAUAGUCGUUGUUCUUUCUGACAAUUGUACAAAGAAAUUUAAUAUUAACGUUAGAAUGUAAUUUUAAGUUGUCGAGUAAUGCGACGAAAAAAAGAAAGUUAACAAGUGCCAAAAUUACCUGCUUUAGCGAUUAGUAGAAUUUAUGAUACUUUGUAAUACUUACGAUCAGCUUAUACAUAGAAAAUAUAGCGAUGUAAUUAAAACGCGUGAGUGGGGAUUUAAAUUUUGUACAGUGUAAAUAUAUUAUAAUAAAGUAAAAUUUAAUUUGUAAAAAUAUAGACAAUUUUAAAUGGCAUUCAAAGACUUUAUACGGGAAAAAGUACAAUAUUAGAGUCUUCCAUUUUUAUGCUAUUAUUAUUGUGAUGAAUAUAAUAUCGAUUUCAAUGACUGUUUAUUAUAAAACUCGAAAGACAAAUUGAAAAACUUUAACCAGAAAAAAUUAAACGAAUGCUCAAAAAACAAGAAAGAAAACUUUAGCCGUCUAAGACACUCUCGAUGUAUGCC